AUGUCUGCUUCCAGCGCCCGAGGGCACUAUGCCAACCCACCUCUGGAGGAUGAGGACGACCUGAUCGACCCUGAUGAUGCCGAUCUCAACGACUUUGACGACCCCCUUGCGACCAACAACCCUCGCCAGCCCUUGACUGGCAACAUCGGCUCCAGUUCAUCAUCGCGACCGCUGAACGAAGGCUAUUUAACAUCACGGAUCCCUGGAGAAGACCGAGCAGCCCCUCUGAACACAAUUGACGAGUCUGUCUGGGAUACGUUGCGACGCGACCUGCUCGCCGUCUGGGCCAAGCUUAGAGAGGUGCUGUACCCUCGGUACCUUUUGGGUGGUACCAUGUUCGAUAGCGAGGGAGGUAUUCGCGGCGCUUACUCAAGCAUCCGCGGUGCUGGUCUGUCGGGAACAAGAGAGGAGCUUACUGGACUGGCCAGCCGCAUGGUCGAUGCUGAAGCUCUGCUUCAGAGCAACAUGACACCCGGCCUUCGUGAUUGGGAUCUUUGGGGUCCCCUUAUCUUCUGCCUUCUUCUCAGUGUUCUUCUGAGCUUCACUGCUCGCUCUGAACAGAGAGAUGCUGUUUUCAGCGGCGUUUUUGCUAUGAUCUGGCUUGGAGAGGCUGUAGUGACUCUGCAAAUCAAGCUGCUGGGUGGAAAUAUCUCAUUCGCCCAGAGCGUCUGUAUUAUAGGGUACACCCUUUUCCCUCUAGUCCUCGCUGCCAUGAUGUCUGCUCUGGGUCUCCACUGGAUUGCCCGUAUCCCCAUCUACAUUGUCUUGAUCGGCUGGUCUCUGGCUGCUGGUGUUAGUAUUCUGGGUGGUAGUGGCGUGGUCAAGAACCGAGUUUUCCUUGCAGUAUAUCCUCUACUGGUCUUCUAUCUUGGUCUGGGCUGCCUGUGCUUUAUCAGCUAA